AUGGGUGCCUCUGCUCCCGAGGCACUGGCUAUGCAGCCCGUGCGCUUCGAGUACACUCCACGCAGCCUCGUGCGUGCGCAGGCCCAGAUCCAUCGUCAUCUCCUCGUUUUCGUGGUCGUGGUCAUCUUGGUGCACUUGCUGGCCCUCCUGCUCCUCGAUCAUCUCCUGACGCGUCCCGACUGGCCUCGCAUCGCCAAGGCACUGGUUGACACCAGUGGACACGCCGGUAGUGCCGGAGCUGCCUGGCUCACGGGCAAGGCUCUUGACUUGAUUCGGCAUGGGCGGGUGAUCCGUGCCCUGCUUCAAGCCAUCAUCUGUGCCAUCCUGGCCAGUCUGAUGGACCUGGAUCACUUUUUCCACGCCUCGCGCUGGAGUCUUACGGCAGCCACCUCCCUGUCCACGCGGCCGUGGCUACACUCACUGCCAGUAGCCAUUGCCGCAGCGCUUUUGCUGAGCUAUGUGGCUCACCGGUGCAACGUUGCGGGCGCCCAUCGUGACACAUUUCUGCUGCCACUGACCGCCGUGCUCACGCAUCAACUGCGCGAUGCGCAUCGCCGAGGCCUUUGGCUCUACCCCUUGGCUGGUGGUGCCAGCAUCCCAAUCUCAUACACAUUCUACCUGACUUUUAACGUUGCCAUAUGGCCAGCCGUGCUGGCUCAGCUGAGCCGCUGGUCCCCCGGCUAG